AUGUCCUCGAAAAAACUCAUCACUUGUUGUUCAGGAACAGAGAGAACAACAUCUAACAAAUCAUCUCGCAGUGAGAUAUCAUCACUGAAGAACGGAGCACUACUAUUGGAACAACUGAUCCGUGUUUCGAACGGAGACUACAAUCUUUUUUGUACAUUCACAGAACACGAGCUGAAGCAAGCAAGCAAAGACUACGACCAAGAUCUCGUCUGUCUUGUUGACGCCAACUAUAGAUUGUUUCAAGGAGUCCUUAAGAAAAGAGGACCCGUGCUAAUCAAGAAAACGGAUGAACACGAAGAGCUCGUGGAAUAUUGCAUAAGAGAAAUCGCUAUUGCUGCAUACGUCAGUUCGAACAUGAAUCUUGUGAAGCUUCUUGGUUGUUGCUUGGAAAGCAAGGUACCGAUUAUUGUCUUUGAAUACGCUAGUGGAAACCUAACUGAUUACUUGCAUAACAAGAAAGAGCUCAUCCCAUGGAGACGGAGGAUUCGCAUCGCUGCUCAAAUUGCUGAUGCGAUUUGCUUAUCUCCAUUUAGGCAAGCCACGACCUCUCAUCCACAGACAUGUGAAGAAAACAAAGAACGUUUUACUAGACGAUAACUUGAACGCCAAGUUAUUCGAUUUCGAAUUGUACCAAACAGAGUUUUGGGUGUAAAUAACAAAAAGCAA